CUUCUGAACCACUCGAAGACGAAUCGCACCGGUUGCACCGGUACAUAUUAAGUCGUGGAGAAAUAUGUACGUAGUUUGUGUUGGUUCCGUAUGACAACAUUUUAUUUUACGUAACGACUGAAACGACCUCUUGCUUCACGACCUUUUUUUUUUUUCAUGCAGCAGCUGAACAACAAUAGCGGUACAUUUCGACCAGAACAGUAGUGUACGACCAACAUAAGACAGAAAUUUGGUCGUAUAGAAGACACAGACCAUUUGAGAGAGAUAGUAAGUAAAAAAUAGAGCGUUCGCAAAAACAAUCGCGUUGUCUGAAAGAUCUCUAACAGAAAGAAAUCUAAUUGUGUUGAAAUAAAAUGGCCUUGAUUAAUAUCGUCGUUGUAUUAUGAGUAGAAACGAAAGCGACGAUUAGAACCUCAACCUUUGCGUUAUGAAGCGUCCGAAAUGACUUUUGGAUUUGGAAAUUUUUUUCCGGGGCCCGAGAACAACAUCAAUUCAAAUACUGUCGAUAAUAGUAGCAACAACAAUAGCAUCAAUAACCGGCAAGCUGCACGUAGUACGUACCCCGGCCAACGAGGCAACCAGCAAAGAGAUUCAGUUUCAACGUCCGGAAAUACUGCGGAAAAUAACGGGACUGCCAGCCACAGCAUCGGCGUCGGGGUAGCGAACUCCGACAGCCGUGGUGUGUUCAAUAGUUUGAAUAGUAGCAGCAGUAGCUAUUCAAAUCCGUCAAUGCCAAGCAGCAAUGGUCCAUACGUGACAAGGGGAUCGAGUGGCGCCCCCAAUGGGCCAUACGUGGUAAGGGGCUCGAAUCCAGGUCAACAGUCCACAUCAUCUCGAAAUUCGACCUCUUCGUUGCCGCAUGUUCCUCCCCGUUCUAAUGUUGGUCCCACUGGGAGCAUUGGCAGUAGCAGCAAUAACAACUCAGCAAGCCAGCUUUCGCCCGGUGCAUACAUAGUGACACGAAGUGUUACAAGUUCUUCUGCUUCACAGAUCUAUCGCGUAACUAUUCCUCCCGGAGUGGCAUCAGGGUCUGAGUUUACAGUUCACGCUGGCAAUAGGCGGGUUCGGGUGGUGUGCCCAGCGUCUUCAAGGCCGGGACAGUCCCUCCAAAUUACUCUGCCACCGGAGCCUACAACCUCCCGGAAACUUGUCAAACCAGCACCCAUCACGCUGGUCGGAAAGAAAGAAGCUUUGUGUAAGGAUCCCUUUAUGAGACAGGGUGAGUCGAGCAUGACAGGAGGGGCUGUAGAAAUGCUAAAGGAGGUCGAGGCCGUGAACAAAGCUGCCACUGACAACGGGGGGACCCCCAGAACUUACGUAGUAACGAUUCCCAUGAACGUGAGGCCGGGAGAAAAGUUUAGGGCGACGUUUGAAGGGCAAAGAUUUGAGGUAACUUGUCCCAGCAACGCGGGACCAGGGAUGAAGGUUCGGAUAGUGGCACCCCCCUCUGGACAAUCACCUAGCUAUGAAUCCGAAGGAGACAAGGAGCCACAGGCAGCCGCAAAGAUGCAAGUAUUUGAGGUAGUUGUCCCAAACGGCGUGCGGCCAAAUCAGCCCUUCACUCUCAUGGCCAAUGGGCAGAGAGUAUUGGUAACCUGUCCACCAAAAGUGUAUCCGGGCUCCAAGAUUCGCUUCCAGCUCCCUGUCCCGGAGACAAAUACCAAAACCAAGACCCGCCUUGUCUACAAGGAUGGUAAUGGAUCGACUGGUUGGGAGAGAACAGUUCGGGUGCAAGACAUGAAAUUUCAGUGGGUUCGGGUCACCGAUGAAAGCGACAAUAUGGGAGACAACAAGAAAAAAUUAGCUGAUAGCAAAUCUCUAAGCAAUACACUUUUUGACGACAGCCAGAUGGCAUUUGUACGCCAGAUUCAGUUUUUGGAGGGAAAUGAUGCACGCAUGCGGACCGGCAAGGUCAGUCUUGUCUUGGCACAGAAGGCAGUUGUGGAUUCGAAAUACGUCGAUAAGAACUACCAAGGAACUGGUCAAACCAAGACUCUCUUUUCGUACGCGAACAUCGAAAGUGUUCAGAGCAAAAGCCUCAACGACAAGGUGGAGUGGUUCCGAAAUAGUGUAUGUAAAGAGCUGUUUCGACCGUGGGAACAGGGGCACGUCAAGAUUGUUAUUCGGCGGGAAGUGAUACUGGAAGAUAGUCUCAAGGCAAUUCUAGCGCUGGGCAGAGACGAUAUGAGAAAACGAUGGAGAAUCGAGUUUUCCGGAGAACCGGGAAUUGAAGCCGGGGGUUUGACCAGGGAAUGGUUCCAGCUUGUGACCGAAAGGAUCUUCGAUCCGGCUCUUGGACUUUGGAUGUCGAGUGAAAACAACCAAAUGGAGAUGAACAUCAAUUUCACGAGUUGUAAGUACUAUUGAAACAGUAUUGAAACAGUACACUGCAUGUUUGCCAACGGGUAUCAUACGAUUUUUGGUUUGUUCCAAAUGAUACACCGACUCACUAGUUCUUUUUUUUUCGGUAUUAUUCUUCUGUAUUGCUUUCUUGGGGGCACAGAUCUUACUUGUGGUGACGCCUAUCUCAAGCUCUUCCGAUUUCUUGGCCGGGUCAUGGGUCGCGCUCUUUUUGACGGACAGCUUAUCAAAGGACACAUGUCUCGGUAUUUAUAUAAGCACCUACUGGGAUGGCCAGUAACCUUUGCAGACAUCGAGGCUCAUGACGAACAAUUCUACAAGAAUCUGAAGAACUUGGCCAAGAUGGACGAUCCUAGCCUUUUGGAUCUCAACUUUACAGUGACUGAAGAUACUAUCGUGGAUGGUAAAAAGGGCGUUCCAUUGAUUCCUGAUGGUGCCCGUUAUGACUUGACCUCGGAAAACCUUGAUCAAUAUCUGAAAGCAAAUCUCCACUAUCGGAUGUUGAAUAGGUGCAAACCCCAAAUCACCGAGUUGCUGCUUGGCUUUUACGAUAUCAUCCCCGAGGCAGCCUUGACAGUCUUCGAUCCGAACGAGCUCGAACUCAUUCUCUGUGGUAUACCUACAAUCGACAUGGAAGAUUGGACGAAGAACACGAAGUACUCCGGAAUAUUUGAAUCAACGGCAGAGAACAACCAGGUCGUCAAAUGGUUCUGGGACGUCGUCAAGGAAGAUUUUGACCAGGAGAUGAAGGCCCGUUUGUUACAGUUUGUUACUGGGACGUCCGGAGUCCCGCCCGGCGGGUUUUCGGUGCUCCAAGGGAACGACAACAACAUCAAACUGUUUUGCGUCCACGGUGUCUCAAGGGACCAGUAUGUCUAUCCACGCGCGCACACCUGUUUCAACCGGAUUGAUCUGCCAAACUAUGCCACGAGAGAGGAGCUGGCUAAUAGGGUCAAGCAGGCAGUAUCGAUGACCUAUGUCGGAUUUGACAUUGAAUAACGUAUGCGGCACUUUUUGUCGGUGCUCUAUUCUCAACCUAUUCCGACUGACCAAAACAAUGCAGAAAAAAGAAUACUACUGUUUCUUUUCGUUGUACAAAGUAGUAAGCAGUGACCACACGGCGGAGGCGAUCGGGGAUGUGUUGGGCCGGGCACUCCGUGCACACCCACCACAUCGGUUCAGUUGCUGGCAACGGCGGUGGGACGGAGGACCCACGAACACACCCGAUCCAGUGUGAGUUCUUGAGUGUAGAGGCUCGGAGCAGAACUAGAAGAUACAAGAGAAGUGAAUACCAGCUCGAGGAGCAGAAUAAUGAUUUGAGAAGCAACGUCCUCUUUAGGAGAGCUCAUAUUUUAGAGGAGAUUUGAUUGGACCCAUGCAAGUUACAUUAAAUACUUAUAAUGAUGUAUAUGCAGUAAAUGACGACUCUUUUCAGCAUAAAUUAAACAUCUUUUU